GUGUGUGUGUGUGACAAUAAAGGCACUUACACACUGGUCAGAUGCAGAGACAGACACCUGAACAUUCCCCUCAGAAAAACAAUGUUGUAACCGUACUUCAUCAGACAAUCAGGAAAAACUGAUAGUUUGAGAGGACAAAAUAAUGUCUUUUAUGUCUAAAACUCCUUGGUUUUGUGAGUAAUGCACAAGCAGGAUGGAAUUCACUUUAAAUUGUAGAUAUUUAAAAGUCGAUAAUUGCUUGCCUGAUCCUUAACUCUCUGUUUGUCCCUUGCAGACCACCGUCCUCUGUCGCCAUGUGUCAGUGUGUGGCCUCUAACCUCUGCGUUGUGAUGCUGCUGCUGUCUUCAAUGAGUUUCAGCUACGAGGGGCUCAGCCCAGGACCUGGCUGUCAUCUAUACCGGUUCAAUGUGACUAUCCGUAGUGACCAGCGUGGGACAUGUAAAGGAACCCAUGUUGUGUACGCCUGUGUUGGCUACUGUGAGUCCAGUGCCUUCCCAUCCCGCUACUCUGUCCUGGUGGCAUCUAACUUCACUCACAACAUCACCUCAGCAUCACAAUGCUGCACCAUCAGCAAGGACGCUAAGAUCAAAGUUCGUCUAGAUUGUCCUCGGGGUCGUCACCAUGACGAUAUGGAGAUCCUGACAGCUCAGGCCUGUCGCUGCGACAUGUGCCGCAAGUCACGCUACUGACACGCCACCGUCACCACGGGAACAAAUGCUACACGCUACAUGCGACAAACUUACAUGAGGAAUUGGAAGAAAAGAAGACAAGGAUAGAUGUGUGUGUGUGUGUGUGUCCAUAGAAUCGAACGGUCGAACAAGGAAAAAAGACUUGAGAAAAACUUUUCAUAAGGUUGCUUUAUUUAAGAAUUGUUGGUUUAAACGUUGGUUUAUUUAGGAACAGGAGAAGACAUUUUGUGACAGCGCUAUGUGUUAACACCCUAUUCCCUAUGUAGUGCACUACUUUUGACCAGGGCCCAAUGCGUCCUUGUAAAGUAGUGCACUACAAAGGGAAUAGGGUGCCAUGUGGGAUGCAUCCAUACACUGACAUCCAGUUAAACCACUAUAGAUAAUACAAUUAUUAACAACACCACAUACAGUGGGGGAAAAAGGUAUUUAGUCAGCCACCAAUUGUGCA